UCAUUAAAAAUAUUGAUCAUUUACACUUAAGUCAUUAAGAAAAUUCAAUUUCAACAAGUGUUGCCACUUAUAUCUAAAUAAACUUACAGUGCAUUUGGGGUACACCGUUUUAAGCAACCCACGACCUUAUAAUCUUAUAUAUCCAUAGCAAUGCUAUAGUACAACAAACGUGACAAGCAGAUAAAUCUAUCUACAAGUACAUCAAGCACUCAAUAAUAUUUCUUGAAAUUAGUUUGUUUACGGAAGAUUAUUGUUUUGGGGUAAAAAGAGCAUAAGGUUUGGUCUAUAUAGUGUAUAUCUUCAUGAGGGUUUGACUGACAGCAAUGAUGAUGUGAGGUGAUUACUGAAGAGGAUGGAGAUGCUGGGGAGGUCAUUACUCCACAUCUCCAACAAUCAACAGAAUAAAAACAAGGUUGAAGUUUACACCCAGAUUUAGGAAGCAUGAGAAAAGCUUUUUGUUAGAAAGAUUUAAAUAUGAAACAUUUAGUAGAUUUUAACCAUAGUAUUCAAUGCCUACUUUCAUUGCAUUUUACAAUUAAAGGUCCGGUGUAUUAAAUUAAGCGGUAUCUAACAGUGAAUUGCAACCAAUGGCUCACUCCACCCCUCACUUUCCAAGCACUAUGUGGCUGACACAGGACAAAGAUGUCGUCACAUUUUAGCUCCUUUGCUGAAGGAGAUAAUGUUUUUAUGAAACGCACUCUGUAGAGCAGUUUGUCCAUUUUUGGCUACUGUAGAAACAACAUGGUGAAUUCCAUGCAAGCGGACCCGCGGUGUAUGUAGAUAGAAAUAGCUCAUUCUAAGGAAAUAAAAACACUUUAUUAUGUAAGGUCUUUAUACACCUCUAAACACAUUGUUAUGUAUAUUAUAUUGCAUUUCUGUCAAUAGAUCCUCCAAAAAAUUACACACAGCAUCUUCAAAAUAAUUACUAAAAACAUAAUUUGAACACAUUUCAAAUCAACAACAAUGAACAUUUAUAUAAGCAUAAUGGCCAUGUGGCAAUGUGUGAAAUGAAUUGUUAUUCCAAACCAGCCAAAUCUGUAACAUGCAGCAGGACUUUUUCCAUCUCUGUAUUUUAUUCUUUUCUUCCUUUGUUCCUUCCAACUGCCAUCUUAGAUCAAGAUUGUUAUUUAAUUUUAAUGAGAUGCCUUGUUGAUGUUUUGUCUGGGACUCUGACUUAAUUAUACUCACUUAUUUUUGUUUAGAUGACGAAAUAAACGGUAGAACUGGGCCCGUUGAAUUCACAUAACAGAAGGGCCACCAUUGUGUUUCAUUUGAGUUAUCUAACUUAAUGUAAUUGUUGUUACAUCAGAUCCUCCUUGUUACUGUAUCAGGAACCAUACAUUUCAAAUGGAACCUUAUGCUUAUAGCCUCUGUAUGGCAUUGAAGGGCCCAGUACACAAACAGGAAAUGUGUCACUUCGUAUUCACCCAUUAACGUCAUUUGUUACCCAACUCUCUGGUGUUAAUCCCGUUCACCCCGGGCUCCUUCCGUUGCCAUGCCAUCUCUAUGGCAACUCGCGGCCUUUGUGGAUGGUCUUGGGUCCUGACGGCGGAGGAUUCAUUACACAGUCCCUUCGAGCUACAAGUCAAAACAGUCAAAAUGGAAGCUCAUCUGCCAGCAAUUACAGUUAAGGGACCCUUGUGAAAAUCUCGCAGAGCAUGUUUAAUAAGGUAUUAGCACAGUUUGUAGAUUUGAUCAAAGAGAUUAAACAAAGAAAGUGACCUUUUUAUUUCUAAGAUUUAUGUUGUCUGCAUGGCCCAAUGUUAAAUAUCUUAUUGAGAUUGUGUACUGAUGGUGAUCAGUUUAGACCACUUAGAAAUCAAAUUUUGCAAGAUCUGUAUAUUACCAUGUGUAACGAGAUCAGUAGUCUGGAAGGAAGAGGACGAGGUUGGCUGGACUGUUACGGGCUUUAUUCAAGUUCUAAAGAAACACUCAAGUAAUCAAAUUAUAGGCGGUUGCUCAGUCAGCGCCCUUUCCAAUCGAAAACAUAAAACACUGUCCUUCGAUAGCUUCACAGCAAGAUCGUUGCGUCCUAACUAAGGCCCGUAAGCAGUCCAUCUCUCUCACCGUCACUCUGGACUCGCGGUCUUUAUAUGCGGUCUCUCCACGCCACCCUGGCACGAGACACAGGUGUUUAUAAUUUGUACUUGACCCACUUACUCACCGCUCGUCUCCCGCUCUCUCUCCCGCUGCGGACCUCGCUGAACCACGCCCCCCUCGCCACACCAUGAUCAUUUACCAGCUUAAGCUACUAGCAGCAAGAAUGCAUGCCAUUGAACUCGUAGGCUUCCCGUUUUUGUAUUGAUAACAAAGUCAAAUGAUGCUUUUGGUAACUCUACCCAUGGCCCUUUAUUUAUAGCCUUGCUUUUUCAUUACACAGAAAACGUGUUCUAGAUGAAAACCAUAGCUUCAUUCAUAGAGCAAGCAGCCUCACAGUGUCUGACAAUGACCUCAACCCUUGUUAUGCAACCUGUUUUUAUUUUUAAGAUUUUCUUUGUCCCCGCGGUGACACUCUGACUCUUGCGUAGGCUGCACUUGAAAACAUGUGUUUGGUUUUUAUGUUAGAAUUAGUAUUUCAGAUGAGAAAUAGCAAAUGUUCUGUGUCAAGUUGUUACUAAUAUGGGGCCCUAUGAAAUAUAUUUUUUCUCUAAUUAGCCUACGUUUAUUCUUCUGUUUUAAUUUUUCUGGAUUCUGUGUUUUCAUCUCCAGAUGAAAAACAACUUCAGUACACUAUAUUAUUCCUCAUAAACUAUAAUAAAAUUCCAACCUGUAUAAUAGCCCACAGUUUUUUAACCUUACAGGAAAAAAUCAUAAAAAUAAGGCAUAAUGUACACCUAUGUUAACAUAAACAAGCACUGUCUGUACAAGUGCAUUUUGUUCUUUUACAGUCUACAAAAUUGUUGUAAUAUUUUUUACUAGCACAUGUACUAGGCUACAACUUACUGAAGUAAAUUCAAAGGCUGCAUCCUCCGGAGGUCGCAUUUGCCGACCGCAAACAUCAUUGAGAUUGUCUCAUUUCAAUUAAAAACAUUCUAAAUUUAACAUUUCUUUCUCUUACGUAAUCAUUCAUUCUUACCUUAAGCGGCUCCUAGAAACCAAAUCAAACGUAUAACUUUUAUGCAGUAACUUUUGUCUUAACACAUAACAAAGAGGAUCCCUAGUGUUUGUGUCUCACAUGGGAUCCCAUGCACAUGCAUGGUUGGUAAUUCUGCCUCUAGAAUGACAUACACUCCAGUAGUAAGGUAUGCUUGACUUGGCCUUCCGAAUGAAAUGAAUAGUCACCUUCAAUCAGACCCAAAUUACGUUGAAGGGGAAGAGCAUGAAUCCAGCAAGGUAACCAGAGGCCUGUGUUUAAAGAUGUAUGAAGACCCUUGAGGAGAAAGCAGAGGCUCUGUUAACCCAUCUCACUAACGGUGAAAGUUCCAUUCAGCUCUCGUGCUCUCGACACUGAUCGUGCACUCUGUGUGAAUACAGGUUUCAGAAAGGUGUGUGUGACGGCCAGACUGGGCAGGUGGGGGUUCCACCUGCCGAAUGAACGUGGUCAGUAUUGGGGAGUACCAUGGGCUACGGGUGGGUUCGGCUCUGCUCAGCAUAGUAGCAGGUUGCAUCAUCAUUGGCGUGUCAAAGGACUGUGAUGCAGAUGCUGUGGGGGGCAUCUUUCUGGGGGCAGGCGGACUUGGCCUUCUCAUUUCAGUCUACCCGUUUAUAAGAGCUUGGUUUAAUUUCCAUCACAUACUACCCAAUAUAGGCAACUUCAGAGUGCACCCAAUGGCUACAAAUUCAAAUCCAGCCCCAGAACAGCCUGUGGCUACACUCACACGAGAAGGGACUCAAAGCCAUCUGAACGUAGAGCGUUCAAAGAGCCGGAUGGGGACGUUUGUGGAGACCAUCCCUACAGCAGCUGAGGGCUCACAGGAUGAUGGGCCUUCUACAGAUAUUCCAGAUAUUCUGGGCAGGCGAAAGUUUAAAUCUUCUGAUCAAGACCCCUCAUAAUGCUCGAAUCCAACUUCAUGUCAUUAAAGAGCAAACAGUAUUUAUUUCACCAUAAGCGAGACUGAACUCUGCUUACAGUUCAUGACAGUAUCCUAUUUGAUUUCACUGUGUAAUCAGACAUGGUGUCUGCUGUAAUAUUAAAACAAUGCAUGACGAAAGGAAAGAAACUACACUUCAGAAAUGUUUUGAUGCAGAUUAACAAUGUAGGUAUCCUCUGAUGAACUGGUUUUAUUCAAAUCCAAAAUGUUUUCAACAUGUUUGAAUCAAACGAACUACAUAAGGCUACACCUUCACCUACACCUAAGGUCAUUAUUUUAACAUUUACAAAUAUAUACUUUUGUACAGUUUAAAUUUCAAGCUUAAAAGCUCACUAAAGGAAAAUAAGGGACCAGUCACAGACAAAUGCUUAUGACCUACAUACCAUGUUCUUUAUGUAAUCUAUAUUUGUUGUUGAAUUGACUCUGUCUUUGUAUUAAAUGUAAUU